UCUGUUUGGUUCUUGAGAAAAUGAGGAAAUGCGCAAACGCAGAAAACUUGAAGGCCAAAAGCGAAUGACAAAGAAAAGUGCUUUUCCCAAAUCCAUUUGCAUGCAUUUUCUCGCUUUCCCAUUUCUCUUUUCCAAUUUUCUGUGAUUCUUUCCAAGAACAACUAAUUCGCUUUUGAUUAAAGGUGUAUAUCGUAUCGUAUCCAUCUUGAUUUAUAUCUUAAACUCAAUUUUGUGUUGAGGAAGUUUUAAGAGCCAAUUAGGGUAGGAUCUUAGGACAUAACAAAACAUGAGGAUUAAGCGGUUCGGGUUCAUGGAUUUCGAUGAAGGGUCUCCAUACAAUUCACAUUUUAGUUCAUUGGCGGACAAUUCAUUGCACCAGUGUAGAUACUUUCAUGUUCCCGGAAGUUUAGCUCUUGAAGGAGCAUUUAACCACGUUUCAAAACUUGCUGGUUCUUUACUAUUCUUCUUCUCUAGUGGACCCAAUACAAAUGCUACUAGAGAGAUAGAGCGUAAUAUGCAUGAUUCUGAACCUGGAAGCUCCACUUCUUCGCCACAAGUUAAACAUUUUACUUCUGGUCGACAUAAUCUUAAAGGAUUUCACUUUGGAUUUGCAUUGAGAGGAGAAUCUGCUAAUGCAGUUGUUUUUGGAAAGAUUUCGGCUUUUGUGAUGCAAUUCCUGCACAGAGAAGGUGAAAAGCUGCAUUCACAUCCCAUGCUCUCGUUAGCUGCUGGACUUGUACCUCCUUUCGGCAGCUUAUCAUCAAAUGUACUAGCUGUUCCAUUGGAGAAUACGGAUGUCAUGGACCAAAAGCCUUGUGAGGUUGAGCAUCACAGAUGUGCAGGAUUACCAUUUCCCGACUUGGACUGGAGAAAACAAGCAGUGGAACCUAAAACCGGCACUGAGUUUCCUAUGAUUUUGGACAAUGUUUUAACAGGAGAGAGUAAUUCCAGUUUAAGUUCAGAGGUCCUUGUGGGAACUGGAUCCAAAACAAUGACGAUAAUCAAAAUAAAAUCUCUGAAGAUAUACGCAUUUGGGUUUUAUGUCCAUCCUCACUCGGUUUGCAAGCAAUUGGGGGCAAAAUAUGCAUCCAUUUCAGUUGAUGAACUAAACAAACGCCAUGAUUUCUAUGAGGAUCUUCUCAGAGCGGAUAUUGAUAUGACAGUUAGGCUUGUGGUUAAUUGCAACGGGAUCAAAAUCGAUACUGUGAGAGAUGCCUUUGAGAAAUCCCUUCGAGACCGAUUAGUGAAGACAAACCCAGAGACUGACUAUCAUUGCAUAAGAACAUUCGGUUCAAACUUUACACAAGAUAUUCCUUUGCCAUUGGGAACAACAAUCGAUUUUCAACGCACGGCCAAUGGAAACUUAAUUACUAAAAUUGAAGGUAAUCAGAUUGGAGCAGUCCACAGCAAGGAUCUAUGCAGGGCCUUCUUUGACAUGUACCUCGGAGAUGUUCCCGUGUCAGAGCAAACAAAAGAAGAGAUUGGCAGAAACGUCGCCAAUAUUAUACGAAGUUGCUGAAAUGUGUCUCCCUUGCCUAUCUUUUUAAAGGGCAAGUGGUUGCCAAUCCGGUGAAACUGCUGAGUGCUUAGCCGUAUUUUUCGUUCACAGACAUCAGCUCAACAGUGCCAGAUGUUGAAGACGUUGAUGUGGCUGGAAAGCAUUACAAGGGCAAUCAGUGACCUCGCCGGCUCCUAGGAUAGCGAUUAUUUUCUUGCGAAAUGCGCCAUUCUUUAUAGCUUAGCACACGUUAGAUGACAGCCCCUAGAAAAAAAAAUCAUCAGCUUCAAAUUGUAGCUACUGAAAGAACAAGUCCCAUAAGAAUAGUUUGGUUUCUUCUUAAUGGUAUAUGCAUAUGUUUACUAUAUGCUACACAGUUUUUCAUUUAA